AUGUUUGUUGUUGCCUGGCAACCCCCUGCAUGCAAGGUAAACAUACAUAGAAUUAUUCAAACAGGGACAGACCCAAAAUCAAACCUCCUAAACAUCACAUCACGGGCGACUUGCAAAAUGUCAUUUUUGGGCGGCACUCUCAAUUCUAGGCCCGACGAGGCACGUGACUCCCCUUUGGCCGAUCGAGAGCCGCUUGGCGAACAAAACAACAGCUUUCUCAACCGGCAAUCUACACCCAAGACUAAACCAGUCAAUCUUUCCUUCAUCAAUAAAGCUCCCAUUGAAUAUGUUACACAGUCAGAGAUGGAGAGAGUUUUUGAAACUGGUAACCAGGUUUAUGAGGAUGGAAAGAACGUGUUUCCAUCAAUUGACCACGAUCACAUUUUCUCGGUAGGUGAUCAGAGAGUGACGAUCGACGCCGAUGAGACUGAGAGCGACAUCUCCUUAUCAGCUUCUGAACACCUUGAUAAAUAUCCGUAUAUUCGGGAUGAAAGCUGCAUACAGAAUUUAAACGCCCAUCUUGGAGAACUCCCUCCUUCUUCGCCGGAUACUGGAAACUCCUCCUCCGAGUCUUUUCGGGAUCUCCUCACUUCACCUAGUGUGCAACAGAAUCAAUCCAGAAUCGAAAACAGACAGAGACUUCCUUCAAGCAAUCGUCAAAGAACUUCCAACCAGCAACAGCAACCGCCUUCUAACACGCAACUGCCCAAGAAGAGCCUAUUCAAGAGCGCUACAGAAACCACUCGAAAGCUCUUCCCAGAUAUGAGACGAAGUGUGGUAAACAACGAGGCUUCAAAGCGAUCGGAGCCAAGCAUGGCCAUGAUUCCUUCGCCGCAAAAGCCUCCUUCACAGCAAUACCACAUUAACCCCAACGUUCCCAAGGUGGACAUGUCGUUCAUGAAGUCUAAACGACGCCCCACUUCUGUGGAAUUCUCGCCCAUAAAACAGUACCAUGAAAUUCCUGGCAGAAGACGAGAUGGACGAGGUUAUGGCAACAGCUUCCAGCCCAGAGGAUCCCGUUACUCGCCUCAGUUUGACGUCUCCUAUGACGACUCGUUUGAACAAAGAUAUGAGAUGUACAAUGGACGGGGACGAGACGACGAGAACAGAGGUAGUAGAGUAAACGGAACCCGUGGAAACGGAUUUGAAGGUAACCGCGGCCACGACUAUGGAACCCGUGGCAUAUUUGGUGGAGGAGACCGAACAAAUGGCAUUCGCAGUCAGAGCAAUCAUGGUGGUCGAGAUCAUCAUUCGGAGGACGACUGGGAGGACGAGUACGCUGACUACGAUAUCAAUACCCCCAAUCACAACAUCAACACACCCUGUCGAACCCCGAAACCCAAGUCUCGUGAUCACGAUAACAGUUCACGAGAGUCAAAAGAUAACCACGCCUCUUCUUCCUCUUCUGCGCAAAGUGGAGCUGCUGCUGCCCUCAAUCUUCCUAUUCUUCUUUCAAUCUGGUUACAGCUCGCUUACAACGCUAUAAUCAUGGCUGUUGUUUCGUACUUUGUCUGGACAUUCUAUUCCACUGUCAAGCGUGAUGUCGACAUGAAAGUGGACGAGUACUCCGCUGAUAUUCUUCAGGAGAUGGCCAUGUGCUCCAAGGACUACCUGGCUAACAACUGUAUGCCCGGAAAGCGGGUUCCUGCUCUUGAGACCAUGUGCAAUGCUUGGGAGAGAUGUAUGAACAGAGAUCCUAAGAUAGUGGGACGAGCUCGAGUUUCUGCUGAGACUUUCGCCGAAAUAAUCAACGGAUUCCUUCGACCCAUCUCGUUUAAGUCCAUGGUGUUCGUUAUCUUCCUACUUGCAGGAUCUCUCUUCGUCUGCAACUUUGGGUUUGGCACGUACAGAGGUCCGCUUUACCAGCAGGUGAAAGAGAAUGAGAAGAAGCAGGACAAGGAGAAGGAGAAGGAGAAGGAGAAGCGAAAGUCGAGAGACAGAGGAGAUUACGAGCGAGUAUACGAUUCUCCAUCCUUCUACGUGUCUCCUAGAUAUUACAGACAGAGAGGAUACCGACGAAGAUACUAG